CAGGGUUUACUGAGAUAGUGUUCUGCGCUGUUACGAGUCAGGAGCAUGUAAAAGGAUACGGAACACAUUUAAUGAAUAUGCUAAAAGAUUAUCACAUCAAGAACAACAAACUGCAUUUUCUAACAUUUGCGGAUGAGUUUGCCAUUGGAUAUUUCAAAAAGCAAGGAUUUAGCAAAGAGAUAAAACUGCCGAAGCCGAUAUAUCAAGGAUAUAUCAAAGAUUAUGAAGGAGCGACAUUGAUGCACUGUGAACUAAAUGCUAAAAUAGUGUAUACCGAAUUUACAGCGGUUAUCAGGAAGCAGAAGGAGAUUGUGAAAAAGCUGAUUCACCAAAGACAACAAGAGAUUCAAAAAGUUCAUCCAGGGUUAACGUGCUUCAAAGACGAUGUAAAAAGUAUUCCCGUCGAAUCCAUUCCAGGAAUUCGCGAAACUGGAUGGAAAAGUUACUGUCAAACGAGAACAAGAGGUGUAACGAAAGGGACGCAAGGUUCAGAAGUUGGAGAUUAUUAUACAGAUAUGUCAGAGUGUCUUUAUAACUCUUUAAAUAAUGUUUUAAAUAGUGUGAAAGUUCACAGUGCAGCUUGGCCAUUUGUGGAACCUGUAGACAAAGACGAAGUUCCGGAUUAUUACGAUCACAUAAAAUAUCCGAUGGAUCUUAAGACUAUGGAGGAACGUUUGAAGUCUAAAUAUUAUGUGACAAGAAGAUUAUUUAUCGCAGACAUGAUACGAAUUUUUACAAAUUGUAGAUUAUAUAACAGUCUUGAUACCGAUUAUUAUCGUUGUGCCAGUGCUUUGGAAAAGUAUUUUCAGACGCGUAUGAAAGAGAUUGGUUUAUGGGAGAAAUAGAACUUGUGUCGUGUGAUAUGUAAGAAUAUAAAAAAGAUAAUGAAUUGUAUUCAUUAUUUAUUCCCUUAUUAUCUAUUUAGAAUAACUAUUAAUAUUGUCUGUUAAAUUUGGAAAAUUUCAAUCGGGAGCGUCUAUGACUAGAAAUUAAAAUAAAUUUUUCACAAGAUUUUCGAGUUGUAACAUACUUGUAACACAGUAUAUAUUGCGUGAAUAAACUUAAUAAAAAUUCGUAUAUAUUUAA